AUGUCCGACGACGAGUUUGGCUUCAACUCUGAAGACGAUGACGCGUUGUUAGAAGCGGCGCAAGUCAUCUCGGAGCCCAAUUCCAGUCUCAAGCGGAGUCGCGAUGAUGCGGACGCCGAUAACGACCUCCCACUCUCCAAGAAGCCUCCACGGGAGCUUCCUUCUGCUGGAGACUCCGAAGGGAUCAAGCAAUUAGCACUGAAAGCCCUCAAGGAGAACUUUGGCUUCGAGGCAUUCAGGCUUGAACAAGCUGCUGUCAUCUCUCAACUCUUGAAUGGCGGAAGUGCCACGGUUAUCUUUCCUACUGGAGGCGGCAAGAGUCUUUGCUAUCAAAUUCCCGCGCUAGUUUUUGGUGAGCUAGACAAGCAAUCCGGAGAUCGCCCACCCCACGACGGCGGUAUCACCAUCGUCGUAUCUCCACUCAUCGCGCUUAUGAAAGACCAAGUGGACGCUCUUGUUCGCCGGAAGGUCAAAGCUGCCGUCCUAGACUCUACUAGGACGAGAGAACAGUUCAUUCAGACCAAUCAAGACCUCCAAAACGGUACCUUGAAGUUGUUAUAUUGCGCACCAGAACGGCUAAACAACGAGGGAUUCGUGGAAUCCAUGAAGUUGGUGCGUGGUGGCGUCCGCUUACUGGCCGUAGAUGAGGCGCAUUGUGUCUCAGAGUGGGGUCACUCAUUUAGGCCGGAUUAUCUUAAAGUGGCUCGAUUCGCUACCGAGAUCAAAGCCGAGAGAGUGAUCUGUCUUACCGCUACCGCCACACCGAAGGUAGCGACGGACAUUUGCACUACUUUUGGAAUCAGUCCGACGACCGGCUUAUUCAGGACUCCCAUGUAUCGACCAAACUUGCGCCUGCUAGCCAGGUCAUCGGCUUCUAAAGACGACAACUACCCGGAGCUGAUCAGUUUUCUGAGGAAGCAUUCUGGACCGACCAUAAUUUACGUGACCGUUCAAAAGCAAACUGAAGCGCUUGCAGGAGAACUUCGUAGUGAAGGGUUCAAUGCCGAAUCAUUCCACGCAGGAAUGCUAACUGAGAAGAAGACCGAAUUACAGGAUAGGUUCAUGCAGAACGAUGACAUGAUUAUCGUGGCGACGAUUGCCUUUGGCAUGGGGAUCGACAAAUCCAACAUACGCAACAUCGUCCACUUCAACAUCCCACAAAGCGUCGAAGAGUACUCCCAACAGAUUGGCAGGGCAGGCAGAGAUGGUAAACAGAGCGUCUGCAUGUUUUUCCUCUCUCCGGAUGACUUCUACCUUCGAAACGUGUUCACCUACGGGGACCUUCCGUCCAAGGUCUCUGUCCGCAACUUUCUGAAGGAAGUAUUUUCUCCCGAGAAUGCCGCACUUGGCAUUGGGGAGAAAUUCUCCGCGUCGCAUACGGCACAAUGCAAUGCUUUCGACAUCAAAAGCUCCCCUCUUAGCGUCAUGUAUGCUCAGCUGGAACUACAAUUCGGCUAUAUUCGUGCCACUACCCCGAUAUACAGCAAAUAUCAGUAUGAGGUCACUGAUUAUGGAGCUUACCAUCACGCCGACACAGAUCUCGCAGCCAAAUCAAUUAGGGCUUCCGCCUUAAAAGCAAAGAAGUAUCUUACUGUUGACGUGGACGCAGUAUCGAGGAAACCUGGACUUGUACGAGCGGACAUAGUUGGUAGGCUCAGCAAGUGGAACGAGAAUGGCAUCAUAUCACUGAAAACAAGCGGCGUGCAGAACGUAUACAUCGUACAACGCAAGCUGCCGUCUACUGAUACCGAGAUCAAUGCGAUCGCCGACAAGCUCUACUCUGAGAUGGUAGACCGUGAAAGCCAGGCCCUCCAAAGGACCAAAGAAGUCGUUGGCCUUGUCACCGGGAAGAAGUGCUUUUCCCGUGCUCUCGCUGCAUAUUUCGCCGAUGAUUCGAAUGGUCUACCGGAUGAAUGCGGUCAUUGCACUUGGUGUGAGACGCAUCAACAAGUGGUGCUUCCACAGGUCCCGCCACAGAAGCCAGAUCCAGCCUUGAUGGAUAGGAUUUUGAAUGUGUGUCCGCACGACGACCCGCUAUUCCUAGCGAGGAUUGCAUUUGGCAUUGCAAGCCCGAGGUCGACUCAGUUGAAGCUCAAGAAUAACCCCGUAUUUGGUUCAAUGCCGGUUUGCGAUUUUAAGGACCUCGUUCGUGCAUUCAUUCACAAGUGCACGAACAGCAUCACAGCAUACUGAUGGAAUGAUGCUCUUUCAGACAAGAGAAGGUAACGAAGGUUUCACUUCACUUAGCACGUUUUGGUAUGAAGUCUAGGCUCUUGAUUGCGCUGUCUAGGUAGGAGUGGAGGGUCAUGAUACCCAAUAAACCAGGAUAACUGUUCAAUGCAUGCUUCAAUCCCUCUCAUCAAGUCCCCUUUCUAUAUCCUAGCCUUCCGCUUCGCCACCACAUCGCUCAACUCCGUCGU